ACACUUUGUGUUAUUGAUACGAUAGACACCAUUCGGUUAAUAAGACUCCCACUACCGGGGUAUCAAGGAAUUCAACUAAUUAUUCUGCUAAAAUGACUACUUCAAGCAAUAACUUUCCGUUUGAAAUGAAAGACCUAGAUCCAGAAGAAGCAGAUGAAAUACAUAAACACUUUUUCAAAGGGUAUCAAAAUGGAUUCAUGCGAGUCGGCCCAAAGGGAUAUUUUUUCACCAACGGUAUUAAAGUAGAUAUUAAAAAUAUUUAUAACAUGCCAAUACGACCUGACGAUACUUUUGUGGUCACGUUCCCUAAAUCAGGAACGACUUGGACGCAGGAACUUGUUUGGAUGGUGGCAAACAAUUUAGACUACGAAAAAUCUGAUUCUAUGCCGCUUCAUGAACGGUUCCCAUUUCUAGAAAUGUUCAUGAUAAUAAAUAGCGACAUAACGAAGAACUUUAUGAAAGACUUCGUGAAAGGAGACGAGCGGUUGUUAAAAAUUAUAGAGAACGUGACUACUCCUGGCACCGAGUUUGUGGCGAAGCUGCCUUCGCCUCGGUUCAUCAAGUCGCACUUGCCCUUUUCACUGCUGCCUCCUAACCUGCUGGACACCGCCAAGGUGGUGUACGUGGCGCGCGACCCUCGCGAUGCCGCGGUGUCCUACUACCACCACAACAAACUCUUCGAUUUCAUGGGCUACACCGGCGACUUCAAACAGUAUUGGGAGUUCUUCAUUCAGGACAAAAUCGAUUGGACUCCGUUCUUCCCGCACGUGAUAGAAGCUUGGGAGCAAAGGAAUCACCCUAACUUACUGUUUCUCUUUUAUGAGGAUAUGUUGAAGGAUUUGCCGAAGGCAGUUCGACAAGUUGCCGAAUUCCUAGGCAAGACUAUGACUGACGAGCAGGUGUCUCGUCUAUGUGACCGCCUCAAAUUCGAUAACUUCAAGAAAAACCCAAUGCUUAACUUCGACGUCUUAAGGGAUCUCGGGUGGAUAACUAAAAAAGAUAGAACAUUUGUUAGAAAAGGCAAAUCUGGCGACUGGCGCGAGCACUUCGACGAGCAGAUGGCGGCGCAGGCGCAGCGGUGGAUCGCCGACAACCUGCGCGGGACCGACCUGCGCUUCCCGACUAUAACUGAUAGUGAUUUAGCAUCCUAUAACAAAAAUCGCACCAAGGGCCGUGUAAACAUGGACGUGACACAAAACAACAACUUCCCCCUCAAAAUGGAGGAUGUAGAACCUGAACAAGCAGAACAUUUGAUGAAGUAUUUCACAGGAGAACUGACUGGCUUCGUGCGCGUCGGGCCUAAAGGAUACUUCCUCCCUCAUAAAUACAGACAAGAAGCUGCUAACAUCUACAACAUGCCACUUAGACCAACGGACAUAUUCAUAGCAAGCUAUCCUCGGUCAGGAACAACGUGGACUCAAGAAUUAGUUUGGAUGGUUGCUAAUGAUCUAGAUUACGCCACAUCGGAUGCUAUACCUUUAACGGAGAGAUAUCCAUUUUUAGAAUUUUCAGUAUUCGUUCACCCAAUAAUGAAGGAGAGAUUUAAAGAAGAGAACAGUCAAAGUGAAAGGAAAUUGGAACUUCUAGAAAUUGUGACGCAGCCUGGCACGGAGCAGCUCGCCCUUGCGCCAUCCCCGCGUUUUGUGAAAACGCACCUGCCUAUGUCCCUACUACCCCCCAAUCUCCUCAAUACAGGGCGCGUGGUAUACGUGGCCAGGGAUCCAAGAGAUGUGGCCGUUUCCUUCUAUCACCUAAACAGACUAAUAAGGACGCAAGGAUAUGUCGGCGACUUCAAAACUUAUUGGAAAUUCUUCAUUAAAGAUUUGCAUCACUGGACACCCUAUUUCGAACACCUGAAAGAAGCAUGGGAACAAAGACAUCAUCCUCAUAUGCUAUUCCUGUUCUACGAAGAACUUUCCAAGGACUUACCAACCGCCGUGCGUCGUGUCGCGAGGUUCCUAAACAAGAACUUCAGUGACGAGGAGGUGGAUAAACUCUGCAGCCAUCUCAGCAUUGAGAACUUCAAGAACAACAAGUCUGUGAACUACGACGUCAUGAAGGAGCUCGGCAUUCUCAUUCCUGGAGAACAAGCUUUUAUCAGAAAAGGCAAGGCGGGCGGCUGGCGCGACUACUUCGACGAGGAGAUGACGCAGCAGGCGCAGCAGUGGAUCGACGACAACUUGCGCGGGACUGACCUGCGCUUCCCACACAUGGACCAUCGCAUUUGAAUGUUGCCACUCGAUAGCUAAUGAAUAGAAAAAAACAACCAAUAGUAUCGAUACUAAUCGAUAGCACAAAU